AUGAUUACAGGCGGUGCCGGUGGUGGCAGCAGAGGUGGUGGUGGUGGUGGCGGAGACAAAACAUUGUUGGAUAGUUCGGGGGUGGACAUCCGCCUCCUGUACCGGAUCGCUAAGAUCAUGUUGUUUGUGGCUGUUGUUGUGCUUCCUAGCAUGGUCCUAUACAAUUCUGCCUAUUCCUCCCAAUUUCUACCCGCCUUGAUUUCUAGAUCGGAGCUCAAGGAAUUUCCGUUGGAUAUAGUUUUGGAAAAGGCAGCCAUGGGAGAUAAAACUGUCAUUUUGACAACUGUGAAUGGAGCAUGGGCAGCAAAUAAUUCAUUACUCGAUCUCUUUCUUGAGAGCUUUCAUAUUGGAAACAACACCAAGAGGCUUUUAAAUCAUUUGGUGAUCAUAGCAUUCGACCAAAAGUCAUAUGCUCGAUGCUUGGCUUUACAUCCUCUUUGUUAUGCUCUCAAAACAGAAGGGGUUGAUUUUUCUGGAGAGGCAUACUAUUCCACCCCCAACUAUUUGGAGAUGAUGUGGAGAAGGAUUGAUUUUUUGCGAUCUAUUCUUACCAUGGGCUAUAGUUUCAUCUUUACGGAUGCUGAUAUUAUGUGGUUUCAAGAUCCCUUCCAACAUUUUUUCCAAGAUGCCGAUUUUCAAAUUACAUGUGACACUUACAUAGGAAACCCUUAUGAUGUCAACAAUCGGCCAAAUGGAGGUUUUACUUAUGUGAAAUCUAACAAUAGGACAAUUGAAUUUUAUAAGUUUUGGUAUGCUUCAAGAGUAAAUUAUCUAGGGAAUCAUGAUCAAGAUGUGCUUAAUAGGAUCAAAUAUGAUCCUUACAUUUCCCAAAUUGGAUUGAAAAUAAGGUUCUUGGAUACAACUUAUUUCGGUGGAUUUUGUGAGCCAAGCAAAGAUUUUAAUCUAGUUUGCACAAUGCAUGCCAAUUGUUGUUUUGGAAUAGACAAUAAAGUUCAUGACCUUAGAGUUAUGCUUGAAGAUUGGAGAAUAUAUAUAUCAUCCCCACAAAGUAAAAAAGCAGUGUCAACACCAUCUUGGAGGGUUCCACAAAAUUGCAGUCUUGCAUCCUUCCAUCCACCGGAGAGGAAUGUUAAAGAAAGCAACAUUUAACAACAUGGUUUACACAUUUCAACGCUCCAAGAAUAAGUAGUCAUUUUAAAGGUUUUCAACAUCAAUGCUUGGUGAAGAAAUAUUAAAA